UUUCCCGCUUUUGAGUUAAAUGACAUCAUAAAAUCGACAAGUUUGUUACAAAAUUUAAAACCCACGAGUACUGGAAACUUGGAAAUGAAGAGAGAUUUUACGCUUUACAGUAGGAUUUGGAUUGGGAUAGCCUAUUUUUCAGGUCUGGUGAUUGGAUUUUCUAUGACGCCACCCACCCUUGACGGCCCCAGAAAAGAUCUUGUGAUUCAAGCCGAUGACACAUUGACUAUUACAUGCAGGGGAGAACGCACGCUGGACUGGUCCUGGCCUGAGCAGUCCCUUAACAAGUUUGAGGUCAGUGACCGGAAGGACCAGCAACCGACGACUGACAUCCCCACCCAGAGGGCCGUUUGGGUGAGGGAGUGCCAGGGGGUGCCUGGGAAACCGUACUGCAAGACCUUAGCAGUCACCAAAGCUCAAGGCAAUGACUCCGGCUACUACCGCUGCUUCUACCAGGACAUCCACGUCAUCAUCGAUGGCACCACAGCAGUCAGCACAUACGUCUUUGUCCGAGAUCUUAACCAGCCAUUCAUCAGAAGAAAUACUAAUAAGUUGGAGCCAAUCUUCAUAGCAAAUUCUGAUACUCGUGUGGAGGUGCCAUGCCUGGUGACUGAUCCUGACCUGAAAGUCACACUCUAUUUGUACGAAGGUACUCCCGUAGCUUUAGACGACAAAGACAUCACCUGGAACAGUAAGACAGGCUGGUCUGUUCCCAGACAUCUAUUAGAGAGCAAGUUCUUCUAUUGCGCUGCUACUGUCCUCAGUAAAGAACACACAUCCUCUCUCUUCAUGGUACACACGACAGGAAGAAAGUUUUAUGAACUCAAGCUGUUUCCUGAGGACUCUCCUGUUGAACUCAUCAUGGGGGAGGUCCUUACCCUUAACUGUACAGCACUUGUGGAGUUUGAUGCAGGUGUGGAAUUCAAAUGGCUAUACCCUGGCAAAAAGGAGGACAGGGCGACUAGUAUCCAACCCCUGCGUGCUAAUCGAGAGAGGGUCGCAGAGGCCACAAGCAUCUUCACUAUACAUAACGUCACUGUAAAGGACAGCGGUUUCUACACAUGCUCUGCCAAGACCCUGGAGCGAAGCCUGGAGCGUUCCAUUCACGUCAUAGUGCAUGAAAAACCCUUCAUCAGUUUGGACUACAGGAACGGACCAGAUGUAGAGGCUACAUCUGGCCAAAAAUCUGUCAAAUUAUCUGUGAAGAUUUCAGCAUACCCAACUACAGAAACACAAUGGUAUAAGAAUGGAAGGCUGAUAACCAAACGACCAGAGUUCAGCAGACUGAAGAGUCAAAGCCAAGCGCUGGAGAUCAGAGAUGUGUGUGUGCAGGAUGCAGGCAAUUACACCGUAGUUGUAAAAAACAGCGAACCAUCCCUGGAGAAAACACUCAGCUUCACCUUGAUUGUCAAUGUGCCCCCUCAGAUCCAUGAAAAGUUAGCAGCUGCACCCACCAAUCCAUAUAGGAAAGGCAGUCGUCAGACUCUCACCUGCACAGCGUAUGGUCUACCUGCCCCCACCACCAUCACCUGGCAGUGGAGACCAUGGGGUCCCUGUGGUCUCAACAGUGCACGUCACAACCGGGGUCGCCGAGGACAGAGAGACAAGACUCCUAAUUGUCAAAACUGGCAGGACAUUGACCGCGAGCAUGCAGUAAAUGACAUUGAGAGCAUUGAGACUUUGGCUGAGGUGGUGGAUGGCAAAAAUAAGACAGUGAGUCGAAUGGUGAUUGCGAAUGCAGAUGUGUCAGUCAUGUACAAAUGCACAGCUGAAAAUAAAGUGGGCAAGGAUGAGCGGUGGAUUUACUUCUAUGUGACCAUCAUCCCAGAGGGCUUUGGGAUUGAUCUCCAGCCUACCGAGGAGCCUCUGGAACAGGACACGGUGAGCCUCGAGUGCAGCGCCGACAACUACACCUACGAGAACCUGCAGUGGUAUCGGCUGAACCCUCAGGCGGUGCCCCCAGUGCUUGACUGUAAGAGCCUGCAUCAGUAUGCUGAGGCUCUGGGCGGCGAGCUCUCUUUCGAGGAUUCCAACAACAGCUGGGUUCUGAAACUCAGCAUCCCCAACAUUCAGCUCCAGGACGAGGGUAACUAUGUGUGCGAGGUGCAGAAUCGCCGCACCGGUGAAAAACACUGUCAUCGCAAAUACGUCCCUGUCAAAGCUCUGGAACCCCCACGCUAUAGACAUAACCCCACCAAUCAGACAGUUAAUGUCAGUGAGUCCCUGCAGAUGCAGUGUGAUGUGGAGGGCACACCCUUGCCACAGCUCUCCUGGUUCAAAGACAACCAACCGCUGCACCAAAUAUCGGGGAUCCAGCUGCAAGACUCCAAUCGGACACUUAGCAUCCAGCGUGUGCGAGAGGAAGAUGCCGGCAUUUACACGUGCACCGCCUGCAACCUGAGGGGCUGCAUCCAAGCCUCUGCCACCGUUUCAGUCAUCGGUUCUGAUGACAAGACCAAUGUGGAAAUAGUGAUUCUGAUCGGCACUGGAGUCAUCGCCAUCUUCUUCUGGGCGCUUCUCAUUCUCAUCUUCUGCAACGUGAAACGGGUGAACCCAGCGGAUAUCAAAACAGGCUAUCUGUCCAUCAUCAUGGACCCGGCAGAGGUGCCCCUGGAGGAGCAGUGUGAAUACUUGCCCUAUGACUCAAGCCAAUGGGAGAUCCCACGUGACAGACUGCGACUCGGAAAAGUGCUGGGACAUGGUGCUUUUGGAAAAGUGAUAGAGGCCUCCAUCUUUGGAAAGGAUAAGAAGACCAGUAUAGAAACUGUGGCAGUCAAGAUGCUGAAAGAGGGAGCCACGGCCAGUGAGCAUAAAGCCCUAAUGUCCGAGCUGAAAAUCCUCAUCCAUAUAGGACACCAUCUGAACGUGGUCAACCUGUUAGGGGCCUGUACCGAACCCAGUGGUCCUCUAAUGGUUGUGGUGGAGUACUGCAAAUAUGGUAAUCUGUCCAACUACUUGCGUGCUAAGAGGGAAUUCUUCUUGCCAUAUAGGGAUCGCUCUCCUAAAACCCAGAGUCAGGUGAGGAGGAUGAUUGAGGCUGGACAUGUGGACCCGUGUGGCAGCCCCAAACCCUCUCCUUCCACAUCUUCCCCCAUUCAUUCACCAACACAGGCCAAGGACAAAGGCCGUCAGAAGAGUCCUCCUGCAGUGGAGAAGAUGGAUGACCUUUGGAAGACUCCCCUUACCAUUGAAGAUUUAAUUUGCUACAGCUUUCAGGUGGCACGAGGGAUGGAGUUCCUGGCAUCUCGAAAGUGUAUUCACAGAGACUUGGCUGCCCGGAAUAUCCUGCUGUCAGAGAACAACGUGGUGAAGAUUUGUGACUUUGGCCUGGCUCGUGAUAUCUACAAGGAUCCUGAUUAUGUUCGAAAAGGCAACGCCAGACUGCCCCUGAAGUGGAUGGCUCCUGAGAGUAUCUUUGACAAGGUGUACACCAGCCAGAGUGACGUCUGGUCUUUUGGAGUCCUGCUCUGGGAGAUCUUUUCUCUGGGGGCGUCCCCUUACCCGGGUAUUCAGAUUGAUGAAGAGUUUUGUAAACGACUGAAGGAUGGUACCAGGAUGAGGGCACCUGACAACGCUUCUCCUGAAAUAUAUGGGAUCAUGCUGGCCUGCUGGCAGGGCGAGCCCAGGGAGAGGCCCACUUUCCCUGCGCUGGUGCAGAUAUUGGGAGACCUCCUUCAGGACAACAGCCUACCGGAUGGGCCUUUUAACGUGUCCCAGAGCUCAGAGGAUGACGGUUUCUCUCAGGCCUCUUCCCGUCCGCCAUCAGAGGAAGAGCUCCCAAUCGGCUUUAACACACUGUCCACCAGAUAUUAUAACUGUGUGCCUUUUGCGGGGUGUGUCCUUGUGGGGCCCUCCAAGACAAACCACUCUCGAGUCAAGACGUUCGAGGAGCUCCCUCUGGAGAUGACUUCACAUAAGGCUCACCAUGACAGCCAAACAGACAGUGGCAUGGUUUUGGCAUCUGAAGAACUGGAGAGGCUGGAACAUAAGCACAGAGGGAAAAAUUUACAUGCAGGCCGCAGCACAGAGCGUCUCAUCACCAGUCCGUCUCAAAGCAGCAGGCAUCGCCCGGCCUUCCUGAGUCAACUCUCAGGCCAAACCUUCUACAACAACGAGUAUGGCCAGCUGUCCGAGGAGGGCGUGUGCCAUUUCUUCGCUUCACCAGACGAAGCUGUGUCCGAGGGGGCCUGCCCAGCGACCUCUAACCUGUAAAGUCAGUAGUCAGGCUGCCAUAAGGGUGUACCGCCCACUGUAUCCGUCCUAGCUGCUCUCUCCCUCUCCAUCGAAAUGAACUGAUCUCUCCUUUUGACAAGUUCUCUCUCCAGCCACUGGGUGGCAUCAUUAUGUUAAAUUCAACCUAAAAUAUAUUUUAUCACCUAGUUACGUUUCUAUUAU